GGUUGUUGCGUAGUGACCUUGCUUGAGGAGGUUGUUCAAUUCAAUCUGGCAAGUGUAGGUGUCCGGCUUGCCUGCAAUCGUCUUUUCUCUCUAAGUUACUCAGGGUCUUGUCGUACGAAGUUUGCACCAAAAAUCCAUCUCUACAUACUCAGAUAUACUUUUUAUUCCAUGCCGCAGAAAUCAAUCUUAUCAUUCUUUUCCGGGAGUGACAAAAAAGAAACUGAGAAAACAAAUAAGGAAAAGAUGAUUAGUUCAAAACAGCCUGACAAUACUUCACAUAAAAGCAUAAAGCGCAGACGCAUCAUUGUCGAAAGUGAUGAUUCAUUAACAGAAAUGCCCAAUAAAAGUAGUGAAUAUGUUCAUAACGAUAUUAAUUUUGAAGAAAGUGAUGCAGAAAUCCCUUCUAAAUUACCUGAUUUAGUACAUCAACCAAUAAGUAAUCCUACAAGUGAGGAUAAAUUGUUACAGAAUGUGACUGAUACAAGAACUAAAGACAAAUUCAAGGACUUAACAGGCAAUAUUCUAAGCAGAUCAAAUGUUAAUGAAAAGUCGUCACGGAGUCCUGACAAACUAGUUACCCGUUACGACCCCAGCAAAACGGAUUAUCACCCUAUCCAUGAUUGCAACUGGCGAGAAGGUGAAAGUGUCCCUUAUUUGUCAUUGGCGAGAACAUUUGAGUGUAUUGAGGCCACAUCUGGCAGAAUAAAAAUAACAGAAAUGCUGUGCAAUUUUUUUCGCUCAGUCGGUUUGUUGUCUUCAUUUGAUUUGACAAGCUGCGUUUACCUAUGCCUCAACCAACUGGGACCCGCAUAUGAAGGGAUGGAACUAGGCGUGGGGGAGACAGUCCUAUUAAAGGCUUUGGCCGCAACUACAGGUGUUGGGAUUGAACAUAUGCGUUCGAGUUUGAAGCAACAUGGUGAUCUUGGGGUUGUCGCCGAAACUAUCAGAUCACGCCAGAAAAUCCUGUCAGCUCCGAAACCAUUGACCAUUUCUCUAGUAUUUUCUAAACUGAAAGAUAUUGCUUCAAUGUCUGGAAAUUCAGUAAGUUAUUAUAUUCUCUUUUGAGAAUGAUUGGUGUGUUAAUUAGCCAUUUAUCCUAUGAAGUAAAUUUCAUCUUGUUGCUUUAAUCUAAACAAAAGUUCAACUUUCAUUGAUCAUAUCUAGCGAAACGAAAGUUCAUUCAUGGUCAUUUUGUUUAUAUUGUCCCACUAUCCAUGGGAACAGACAGACUGAUAUUUCCUCAUUAAGUCUGCCAUGCAGCAAUUUGUCCAUCACUCUUUAAAACUUAUCGCUGAAAAUUUUCUAAAAUAUUAUCAACAAGAAGUCUUCUCAAGCUUUCUAUUUGUAGCCUGCUUUUUUCUCCCAAUUAAACCUAAUAAGUAUCAGUUUGUUUUUCAAAGAUUUCUUCAAAUUCCAAAGAGUUUGGUAAAUUAAUUUCAUCAUGGCUGAGAAGUUUGUCAGUUUUUUACUUAAUGUUAGCCUCCUGUUUAUGAACUCCAUAUACAUUCCAUCUUUUCAGCUCAUAAGUAAUUAGAAUUUUUGAGCCCAGCUCCAUUUCAGUCCUAAAUCCUAUAGAUGGACGCCAAUCAGGAAAAGGUAUGACAGUUUCUUUUGUAUUGAAGGGGAAUUUACAUAUGGUUGACGUGUUGAUAGUUUACCAGUCGUUGCUUUUAGACUUAUCUCCAUCACUUUGCUAGCAAAAUGGAGUCAUAUAAGGACCCCAUAUCCGUGUCAUCUUCUUGUUUGUAUCAGUAUAAUAAGUGAAUAGCAGAAUCUCUUACAUUAGUUAUGUCCAUAAAUAAACAAUUGUGCAAAUCAAGGUACUGCAUAAUGCCCAUUACCAUAACUUUGGUUUGUGACAUUAUCUAGCUUUACCUGCUAAUUACCAGUCGAUGGAAUAUUGACUUAUCGGAGUAAGUUUUAUUCGUAAUUGUAUCCAUUUUAUGCUCAGCGAAUUUAAACGUUUAUUACUAAUAGCUUUAUUUCUAGUUUCUGUACUAUUUACACUGUUUAUAUUUUAGAAAUUGAUUAAACCGCUUUGUACUUGUUUUACUCGUAGUUUCCUUUCAGAUUAAUUCAUCAGAGAGAUUAAACGCUACAACUGGCACGUUUGUCAGUAGGAGAAUUUAAACCUACUUGUCCCUGUGUAUUAGUCUGAAUAUUACUAAGGAUUAUUAUCACUUAUCUGUUUGCGAUUUUCUACCGUAAUUUUAACUAGGUGUUUGCAUAAAAUUUCAGUUGAUUAGUAACCAGUUAUAAAACCCUAACUUACCACAACAUUCAAUUUUUCAUAUGACGCAUAUACAACAAACUACUUGAAUCUUUACGCAUCUAAUUUUUUUCAUGCUGUUCUGCGUCAGUUCUUUGAUUUUAUUAAAGCGUGUUGGAACAGUAAACUUCUUUUCGCAUUCUGAUAGUCAAAUCGACUUCGUCAACUUUCCCAUUCGCUUAUUAGGCUCAAAACAAAAAGGUGGAAAUUAUUCGCUCGCUUCUAGUGGCUUGUCGAGAAUCUGAAACUAAAUAUAUUAUACGUAGUUUAUCAGGAAAAUUGCGUAUUGGCUUAGCUGAACAAACGGUGCUCACAGCUCUUGGUCAGGCUGUGGCUAUGACGCCAUUUCAUUUUAAAGUCGGUGAUAAAAGCACGCGAGUAGUCAAUGCUUCUAAUGGUAUGUCUAAUGAGCACUGGAAAGUUACAAUGGAUACUGCAGUUGCAAAUGUUAAAAGGGCGUAUUGCGUUUGUCCAGACUACAGCCGUCUUAUAAAAGCUCUUUUAACAAGUAGUCAUGAAUCCCUGGAUCAAAUAUGCACAAUCACUCCAGGUAUUCCUCUAAAACCAAUGUUAGCUUCUCCUACACAUGGAAUAUACGAAAUUUUAAAGAGGUUUGAAGAAUGUGAUUUCACUUGUGAAUAUAAAUAUGAUGGUGAAAGGGCUCAAAUUCAUAUUCUCCCUUCAGGUGCCAGUCACGUGUAUUCACGUAAUCAAGAAGAUAAUACGACAAAAUAUCCUGAUAUCGUAAAUAAUCUGAUGUCUAGGGUUCUGCCAGAGUCUAAACUAACGCCUCAUGCAAUUGAGCUACUCAGUGAAAUUGUUAAAGAUAAUAAAAGACAAGUUCAAUCAAAUGGUAUAAUUGGAAACAAACUGGAGAGUUGUAUUAUCGACUCGGAAGUUGUAGCUUGGGAUCGUUUAGCUGGACAUAUUUUACCAUUCCAAGUUCUAUCAACGCGAAAGCGUAAAGAUGUAGAUGAAUCUACACUGAAAGUACAAAUAUGCAUUUAUGUAUUCGAUAUACUUUUUAUAAAUGGUGUAUCUUUAAUUGAACAGCCAUUACGCAUACGUCGAGAAAUACUUCGAGAAGUAUUUCCGCGCAUUUCUGGAGAGUUCAUGAUGGCAACCUCUCUUGAUUCAUCUGAUACAGAUGAGAUCGCGACUUUUCUUGACGAAGCCAUCAAAGGUAAUUGUGAAGGGUUAAUGAUAAAAACACUGGAUCAUAAUUCUACCUACGAAAUCGCUAAAAGAUCUCAUAGCUGGUUAAAAUUGAAAAAAGACUAUUUAGAAGGUGUUGGUGAUACAUUGGAUUUAGUGGUGAUAGGUGGAUUUCAUGGAACUGGUAAACGUGCUGGUCGUUACGGUGGUUACUUGCUGGCAUGCUAUGACCCAGAUACAGAAGAAUACCAGACAAUAUGCAAAAUUGGUACAGGAAUGAAAGAUGAUGAAUUGGCUUCAUUUUCGGAGUUUUUCAAGAACCAUGUAACUGACAAAGCAAAACCUUAUUAUCAAUACACAAUUAGUUUAAUUCCAGACCAAUGGUUUGAGCCUGUUCAAGUUUGGGAAGUAAAGGCAGCCGAUUUGAGUAUAUCACCUGGACACAAAGCCGCUGCUGGUUUAGCGGAUCCACAAAAAGGUAUUUCACUGAGAUUCCCGAGGUUCGUUCGGAUUCGAGAUGACAAGAAGCCUGAAGACGCGACAACAGCCCAACAAGUUUAUGAACUUUAUCAAAGUCAAGAGCAGAUAAAGAAUCAGCAUGGCAAUAUACAAACAGGCAACAAUGAUGAUGAAGAUAUGUAUUGAAUUCAUAUUCUUUUUUAUAAACACAGGCACCACCUUAUAUAACAUUAGUUGUAAAAUAUUUUAUAUAAAAAUGAUAAAUUAAAAUAUAAAAUACAUCUAUUUGUG